AUGGUAUUUACGUUUGCAAGGCGAAUCUCUGCGAAUAUACAGCGCAGAAUUCAACGUGCAUUGCUAGUUGAACCAGAAAAAACACCACAACGAAUCGCCGUUGCCAUGGCAUCGAUUGUAUUGCUGUCGAUUAUAUUCAACCGCCGACAGCCAUGGAUUUGUAUCGUCAACGCAAUGCCAAAGAAAAACUUGAACGUUUGGAAUUACAGCGAAAUAUUUCGAAAAUUUAUAGAAAUACGAAUACUCCGACAACAAGCAAAGAUUUGUGAUCGAGGGCGUUUUCUGUAA